AGAAGCAGAAGGCUCUCAGGAAGGCACUGUCUGGCUGCGCUUAGCAUGGUGGGGAGUUUUAGAAACUGUGGACUAUCAUCAGGUGUCAUUUUUGGGGUUCUAAUCAUCUACAGUUUUCCAUCAGAAUGCAGUUUGAAGCCAUUAGGAAUAUGUGAACUAGGAGUGCUGAACCAGAGUAUAUCACAGACACACAUAAUGGCAUUUCAGGCCAGAGACCUAUAUAACAUAUCUGUAAACCAACAGGAGUUUCAAGGAACAGGAUUGUGUGACACACCAGUCAACUGGUUAUCCAUUCCAAAUAUUACCAGUUUACAAAGUUCUACAAUCCUACAAAAUAUAUAUCAAACCCUUCAUGACUUCCUUGGUGCAUUCAAAGUUCUAAAAAAAUGUAGAGUUGAAAAUGAAUUCUUCUCCAAACUUCAUGAGGCAAAUAUAAGCAUAUCUGCUCUGCAGUCAAAUAUCUUCUCUAUUUUAUGCAAUAAGAGUGCCGUUUCUCACAUACCAAUAUCUGUUGUUAUUCCUGAGGCGGAUGGAGUGUUUGAUGAAAAGCUGCAAUGUUGCCGGAUACUGAAUAUGUAUAUGAACUUCAUGGUAGCAGUGGAGAGUGGACUUCAGAGACUCAGAGAAGAAACAAGACAAAAGGUGGCUCAGCUGAAAUACAAAAACAACUCUUCUGGGCAGCAAAAAAGCAGGAAGAAGGUGAAAAGAAGGAAGAUUGGUAGUAAAAGGGCAAAAUAAACUGAAAUAAGAACUAGUAGCUGGAUAAGGAACAAUUAGUUCUUGAACAGGAACAAAAAAAGAAGGGGCCAAAAAGGUAAUGGGGUCCAGACAUCCCUAUGGGUUAUGUUUACAACAGGGAGGGAUAGAUAAAACUGUCCAAAAAAAACAACAAUUUCUUUUAUAAUUUUCUUCAUCUGGUAGAAAUGACAUUUAUUGUGGUACACUAUAAAGAAAAUAUGACUUAGUACUGUACUGCACAUAAUAUAUACACGUUGUUUAUAAUGGCAACAUAUGGUCAGUACUGCCUUUUGCUGUGCUGGGGCCUGGGAGAAUACAGACUUUCCAGGCCCCCAUUAUUUAUACAUAAAAAGACUGUCCAGCUUAUUGUCCCUUAGCUGUAACUAGAAAUGGCAUUUAACCACAAAUGAAGGGCUGGGCUGCCUUGUCCUCUAUCUACCACUUUUCCUAAUUACACCUGCUAAUCUGCAGAGGGUCAAUAUUUGUUGGGCUCAGGGCAAGGGCCCUCUUUUGACCCACCCUCCCCAAGACAGCUCUGAAUACAAUAAUGAGACCAAAAGGAAAGAAACAGAUCCGAGCAAGGUGCUACGUUCUCUACACAUGUUCUCUUUACAUGUACAAUUAUUUAUUGACGAUUAUGAUUGUAUAGUUUUCUGCCAGACAGGCAUGAAAAUCUAACAUAAUAUGCCAGUGUAAAAAUAUGUUCCAAACAACUUAGAUAAAUGUUGAAACAUGGCUAUAAAAGGUUCAUUUUAGAAAAUAGUGCAAUGCAUCUGAUGUCCAUUAUAAUCAAAACGCAAGUGCUUUGUACACUCGAUACAACUUCAAAAUUCCCCAAUCAUGCUGCCAUCAUGCUUCUUUAUUCCAGCAAGGCUAACAAGUAAGGGUAGCUUGCUCUGCAGUUGCGGGAAACAUGAAUGAAAGACUACCUGGAUUAGCAGGGUGCAUUAGAAACAACUGACUAUCUCUUGGAGAGCUGAACAAGUUUGUUUGCAAUAUUUGCAAUAGCUACAUUCAUAUGCCCCCACAUAGCCAUUAGAUUUAUUAUUCAGUCCAGGGGAUCUAAGGAUUUACUGUUGUAAACCAUCUGAUGGCCCAAUAACUGCCAUGGAUGGGACUAGACUACAUUACCAAAGAACCUGCUUUCUUGGAAUACAGUUUCCAAAAGCCGCUAACAUGUUUUCUUCAUUUUUUUAAGCAUAUUUGUAGAGUGAGAAGGUAAGGAAACAUUCUAGCAUUCACUGGCAUAUUUCUGCGUUUACCUCACUGAACAUAGUCCCAUUGCAAAUAAAAUUACAGAACUAGAACAAAACAACGCCGUGUUGGAUAAUGAUAUUUACCAGUAAAAAAGUAAGGGACUCGGUGCUGCUAGAACCACACAAAUAACUUUACACAGAGAACUGUAUGUAAAAUUGUCUACUGAGUACAAUUUAAGGAAAACACCACUUACUAGUGUAUCUCUGUAUGUUCCAAGCUAGUCCUUAAUCCUUAAGGAAAUGUAUCUAAAUCCACAUCAUACAAUUGAUAGCAGCUACAGUGUAGUGAUAGAGCGGGCUUUAGGGUAGUGUCAGAUGGCCAUUGUAAUCAGGGAUAGCAGGAUAGUGCAGUGGCACUUUGUACAUUAGUGAUCCUGCCUAAUCAGAGCACAGAGGAGCCACGCAUAAAGCUCUGCACUGAGUCUGACAUCUUGGGUGGCAAAAUGACAAGAAGUGUCCUUGAUUUUAAUUGCUGCUGCUUUGAAUGCUAGAGGUCACACAUGAUCACACAAUGGUAAAGUACAUGUUUGUUUCAAUGAAACCAUUAGGGGAAUAUUUAAAAAACCUUUAAAAGGUAAAAACUCAAAUGUAUUAUGCUCUGAAGCUGCUAACGAUUGAAAUCUGAAAAUACUCCAUCUAAAAACAGUCUAAAUCAUGAAGUCAAUGGCAGAUGGUUGUUACAUGUUUUUUACCUUCAGAAUUCUCAAUAGUUUUGGGCUGUUUGUGCUGCUUUUCGUUUGAUAAUCCAAUAAAUUCGGAUUGUUGGCGCAACCAUUCGAUAAAGCCGAGUUUUCGGGGCGUCAAUUUCGAAAAAAGUUGCACGAUUCAUAUUGACACUCAAUUUUCCUGCGACUUUUUUUGACACUUGAUUUUUUUUCGAGAAGUUUUAUUGGUAAAUUGAAGGGAUUUGGGUUUGGUCAAAUCU